AUGGCGGAUUCGGGGCCUUCGGUGGAGGGUCUGGCUUCUGAGUGGGAUUCGAUUCCCACCGUGAGGGAUCGUCUCCGGGACGGUCGUGGUUUGAUAGAGGAGGUUUCGAGCAAGAAUGUCGAUAUUCAGACUCCUUGUGCCUACGGCGAUGUGCUGCUGCCUAUCCUUAGAAGGAUGAAGGAUGCUGCUAAAAAGUUGCCGGGAAUCGAUUGCCUCCGGGAGCAAGUUACAGCCUUGCUGGAGAUGAACAAGCGGGAGCCCGAGGAGACCCUGAUUCAGAAAAGCGCCUGGAUUUUGAGGAAGCAGUGUGGCUUCGUGAAAAUGAAAGUUCGCCGCAUGGAAGCUAUCGUUGAUCAAGUCAACGAGAACAGGGCAAGGUUGCUUGCCUUGAGAAAUUCGAGGCAGACUGAGGACAGACUCGGGGAGUGGAGAAGGACCCAAGACGACGAGGAUGAGUACGAUGACGAUGGUUCGGAUCUUGCUGGGCUUUUGGACCAGAUGAGGGAGCUCAACCGGGCUCCGGCUGAGGAGCUGGCCGAUGGUGCUGGCGGGAGUGGGGAUGCUGGUGAUGCUGUGGUCACCGAGAAUGGGGGCGAUGCAAGCCUCGAAGGGCUUGUGGAGGUGAGUGAGGAUGAGUAUGGGGCUGUAACAGAGGAUGAGCCGAAGUGUUCGGUUUCCUGUGCUACCCCGUCGCCUGUGCCGGUUGCCUCCCCGAUGCAGGAGCAGAAGAACAACAUGGCCCGGAUGGCGGCGGUCGUGGCCGUGGCAGGGGUGGACGGGGGUCGUGGAGCCCGUGAGUACACGGCCGAGCAGUGGGAAGAGUGGGAGGAGUGGAAUCUCCUCGAGGACGAGUGGGUUUGCACGCAACAGUUGGAGACCGAGGCGGAGGCGGCAAAGGAGGACGAGGAGAACAACGAGCCGAUCGAGAAGUCCAAGCCCAACCGAAAGAAGAAGGCCACGGAGGCGGAGGAGAAGAACAGCGAGCCGAUCGAGAAGUCCAAGCCCGGGAAAAAGAAGAAGGCCACGGAGGCGGAGGAGAACAACAGCGAGCCGAUCGAGAAGUCCAAGCCCGGGAAAAAGAAGAAGGCCACGGAGGCGGAGGAGAACAACGAGCAGCCGAUCGAGAAGUCCAAGCCCGGGAGAAAGAAGAAGGCCACGGAGGCGGAGGAGAACAACGAGCAGCCGAUCGAGAAGUCCAAGCCCGGGAGAAAGAAGAAGGCCACGGAGGCUGAGGAGAACAGCGAGCCGAUCGAGAAGUCCAAGCCCGGGAAAAAGAAGAAGGCCACGGAGGCGGAGGAGAAGAACAGCGAGCCGAUCGAGAAGUCCAAGCCCGGGAAAAAGAAGAAGGCCACGGAGGCGGAGGAGAAGAACAGCGAGCCGAUCGAGAAGUCCAAGCCCGGGAAAAAGAAGAAGGCCACGGAGGCGGAGGAGAACAACAGCGAGCCGAUCGAGAAGUCCAAGCCCGGGCAAAAGAAGAAGGCCACGGAGGCGGAGGAGAACAACAGCGAGCCGAUCGAGAAGUCCAAGCCCGGGAAAAAGAAGAAGGCCACGGAGGCGGAGGAGAACAACGAGCAGCCGAUCGAGAAGUCCAAGCCCGGGAGAAAGAAGAAGGCCACGGAGGCUGAGGAGAACAACGAGCCGAUCGAGAAGUCCAAGCCCGGGAGAAAGAAGAAGGCCACGGAGGCGCAGGAGGACGAGGAGGAGAACAAGAAGGAGCCGAUCGAGAAGUCCAAGCCCGGUAAAAAGAAGAAGGCCACGGAGGGCGAGCCAGUUGCCAAGAGACGUCGUGGUGGGUGCGAGAACGGCGAGAAAGAUACCUUUGCUAGCAGGUACAGACCCGGUGUUCGGCCAUUCGAAUGUGCACGCUGGGAUGCUAUCAAGGAGGCUUUUGACACCCAUGUCAGGGCGAAGACGACCACACCGAGCAUGUACGAGGGGCCGUUCUGGACUUGGUGCAUCAAGGACAUGAAGGACGAGGACGUGACCGUCGAUAAUGUGUCGAAGUUUGUAGCCCGGGCUACGAAGCGAUACCUCAAGCUAUGCCUCGCCAUGUGA